AAAAUUGAAAGUUCUGAAGGAUGAUAGUGGAAUUAUUUCAAACCUAGAGAGAGUCUUUUUCUGUAAUUUAACCUACUCUUCCAAUCCAGUGCUCUUAGUUAGCUAGCUGUUCGUUAAUAUACAACUCCAGUAAAUUCUCUCUCUCCGCUUUAGUUUUCAAUGAUACAAGAAAGGCAAUCUUGUGUGAGCAGCAGCAGCACCUGAACAAGUUCAACUCCAAAAAUUUCUAUAAUCGUAAAUGGAGCGAGAAGAAGGAGAGGUGAGAAACUUUCAAUGCGAAUCAUGCGGUUACAUAGGUCUUGAAGAAUCCGAUGGCUUCUAUUACUGCCAGCAAUGCGGUGCUCAAGCUCAAGGCAUCAUGGAAACCGGUGUCGCCGACGAAGACUUUGUUGAAAAAGGCCUUGACUCCGCCGCCCUCUACAGCCACCGCCACAUCCGCCGCUCCCAAACCACCCACUCCACCCAACCCACCGCCGACCCCUCCUCCAUCGCUUGGCUCAGCUUUACCCAAGAAGAAGCAGAACCCGACAACAACAAUCUUAGUCAGAAUUAUAUUAAGAGAGAAGAUGAUUAUGGUUAUGAUUAUAAUGAUAGCUAUGAUGGGGUGUUUGGGCCUACAGAGCCUGAGGAUUUUGGGGGCUUGAGUAAAGCGAAGCUGAGUUACGAGGAUUAUUAUAAUGAGGUUAGGAUUAAAUAUGUUUUAGGGAUGGGGUUAAUGAUUCGGUUACAGUGUGAGGCUUUAGUUGAAAAGUUUAACGUGACUCCAUUAAUUGUUGGGGUUGCUAGCACUGUUUGGUUAAGGUUUUUGCUUACUACUGGGGUUUUUAAGGAUAGUUGGGCUAAUGAUGUUUUGAUUGAUUCCGAGAUGCAAAAACCAGAAACCACCGAAUUGUCAGUGGAACCAGAAGAUAAGAAGAGACGUGUUAGGUACCACCGUCAUGAACCUCGUAAUUCAUUUGGUCAGCGUGCAGUGCUAAUAUGGUUUAGGUAUCUGAGAAAGCAAAUACCAUUGCAUUAUUCUUUAGCGAUCUCGUUUUUGGCUUGUCAUGUUGCUAGAGAAGCAGUUUUACCCACAGAUAUAGUGAAGUGGUCGGUCGAAGGGAAACUUCCUUAUUUUGAUGCUCAUGUUGAAAUUGAAAAACACUUUGGACAUUCGUCGCCUGCCUGUUGUAUAAGUUCAAGUCUAAUGUUCAGGCCUAUGCAAGCAGUUCCUAUUCAGAAGUUAGAGUCAAUGGCAGCCAGCAUUGCUGAGUCCAUAGGCUUGCAUUUGCCUCCAGUGUAUUUCUACGGAAUAGCUUCUCGCUAUCUUAGGCAUUUGUCUCUUCCAGUUGAAAAGAUUCUUCCACAUGCGUGCCGCAUAUAUGAGUGGUCAAUGCCCCCAGAUCUGUGGUUUUCAACAAAUGAGCUGAGGCUUCCUAGCCGUGUUUGUGUAUUGUCAAUACUGAUUGUAGCAAUAAGAAUUAUCUACAACAUAAAUGGUUUUGGGGCAUGGGAAGGAAGUUUGCCUGGUUAUACAAGCAGAUUAGACUUUCCUUGUGGCUCUCAAAUGCAAGUUGAUGAAAAAGAUUCCGGUUCUCCUUGCAAGCUGGAUGAUUCAGAUGAGAAGCCUAUUGGUAACAGAUCGCAUGUUCAGAGGUCGGAGUUAGAUUCUGCAGAGCUUUUGCGCAACUUAGAUGCUAAAUACAAUGAGAUCAGUGAUGCCUAUGAGUUCACAAGGGACUUGCCAUCAUAUCUCCAAUACUGUAAUGAGGUGGUAUUUUGUGGAGCAGGAUCUUCGCAUGUGAAUCAUCGGGAGGAUGAGUUAAUAAAGAAGUUGUGGGAUUUUUAUCAGAGUGAAAAGUGCUCUGAUCCGGCAGAAGAUGAUGGAGCACAAAAUAGGACUGUUUUCAAUGGAAAAAGAUUGAGGAAUGACAAUGGAUUUGCCAGAGAUCAGAUGGGAAAAAAGAAAAUUAUCGAAGAGACCCAUGAAUACCUAUCCACUGAUACCUGCAAUUCAACAGGAGAUGAAAACAAUGAUGAUUCAACGGAGACUGUCAAAGAUAAAGCCAUUAGAAAGUUGAAAUUAGACAUGGCAGAGAAUAGGUUCUUUUACAUUCCACCAAGGCUCAAAAUCAAGAGAUUUGAUUACCUCCACUAUGUACGGAGGUUAGGUGAUGGUGCGUUAACUUAUGUUGCCCAUGCAGAUUAUUAUAUUUUGCUUCGUAGUUUUGCUAGAGCUGCUCAGGUUGAUACCCGGAUAAUGCAUAUCGGGGUAAUGAAUUUUGAGAGAAGAGUGGCCUGGAUGGAAAAAAGAAUCGACUACUGUUUGCACUUGACACCUCCUAGUUUUACCUGUGAGUAUUGUAGAGACGUGCCAGAUCAUUCUGAUGAUGACGAUGCAAUUGGACUUUCGCAGUUGCAUUUGUGAAAUGUUUUUAUUUGAUCUCCAUCGUAUAAUUAGUUCUUCUGAUACCUUUUUUCAAAAACACAUCAAGGGCUGCAUCUAGAGCUGUUUUUUUCCUGAAAAGAGAGUAGUUUCUGUUUUGAAUUUUGACAGGUCCUGCCUUGUAAAUCCUGGGAAUAUUGAUCAUCAACGAUUGUUUAUGAAUCCAUGUCAAAGCGAAUGAGUAAGGUGGAUAUGGCGACCAUGUUUAUGCCUAUUCUGUCACCUCAUUUUU